AUGGCGGCCGGCCAGUACCACCGCUACGCGAAGUUGAAGGUCAGCUACGGCGGGAAGAUCGAGCGCUCCUCGCAAGGCGGCCAGCCGAAGUACAACGGCGGCCACAACAAGAUCAUGAAGGUCCCCCGGUCCAUCUCGCUGCGGGAGUUCCAUGACCGGCUGGCGGCGCUAGCGAAUUGCGUCAAGGUAGACAUCCAGUAUGUCAGCCCCAGCGACACCCUGCACGCGCUCCGCGACGUCGAGACCGACGCCGACCUGCGGCAACUGCUAGACUGGGCGCUCCUCCGGGACCUGCAGAUGAACCUGCGUGGCGCCAGGACGUCGAACGAGUUCGUCUCCCACGUCCGGGUGUUCGUGCUCCCCGUGGCCUCGGACGUCCCACGGCCGCUCCCUGAGUCGCUCUUUUCCUCCGCUCCGACGACCGAGACGACGCCGGCGCCUCCACCAUCCUGUCUCAACAAGCGGAGCGCGUCGGCGCCCUCACUGUCUGCGAAUCCGGCGGAUGACACGUCCAACCCGCCCUCUCCCUCUGUCCUCCAGCGGAGCGCAUCCGCGUCCGCGUUAACACAGCCAUCGAAGGAGGACGAUACGACGACAUCAAUCACGGCGACGGGUGUUCCAGUAGUGCCGGUCCUAAUGUACCAGCCGGUGUUCCAAGUGUGCCAGGGAGUCGUCGUGUCAUCCGGAUAUCUUGCGUGGUUCUCCUCUGCGCCGCUUAAAACAUAUUAG